GGCAGGCAGACUUCUGAUCUUGCUCAGCUACAAGACAGAUGUGCUAUUCCAUCUCUAGUCUCGCACAACAUCAUUAAUUUAACCUUCAGUGCUGUGUUUCCAACAGGACUUCAGCCAUUCUGGGGACUACUGCACACUAAGAAUCUCCCCUCAAUAGCAAUGAGAAGAAGCACAGGCACUACUCUUGGAACAGGUGUGAAAUGAUUUGAUUGCCAUCAAAGAUGCUAAUUGCAUGAUCUGCAGAAACGCACACUCUCUCCCCUGGAUGGCCCUUUUCAGAAUUUUCUGAGAAGGCAAAAGUUUACAACUUCACUGACGAUCAGAAUAGACCACAGCAACACCAUGAGGCAUGAAGAGCACCAUCUCAAUAACACACUCAUGAGUACCAACUUUGCUGCUAUAUACAGUCACUUUAGCGGAGACUUUACUUUUUACCAAAAUGUAACUUUCCCCUUCAACUUCAGCUACAGUGACUAUGAUCUGCCUUUGGACAAUGAUGAUGACAUGACUAAGACUCGCACUUUCUUUGCCGCCAAGAUUGUCAUUGGUGUGGCACUGGUUGGUAUCAUGUUAGUCUGUGGCAUUGGCAACUUUAUCUUCAUUGCUGCUCUGGCCCGCUAUAAGAAGCUACGUAAUCUUACAAACCUUCUCAUUGCAAACCUGGCUAUCUCUGACUUCAUUGUAGCCAUUGUCUGCUGUCCCUUUGAGAUGGACUACUAUGUGGUGAGACAGCUGUCCUGGGAACAUGGCCAUGUGCUCUGUGCUUCUGUCAACUACUUGCGCACUGUCUCUCUCUAUGUCUCUACCAAUGCACUCUUGGCUAUUGCUGUGGACAGGUACCUUGCUAUUGUUCACCCACUGAAACCCCGGAUGAACUACCAAACAGCAACCUUCCUAAUUGCCUUCGUCUGGAUUGUAUCCCUAAUCAUUGCAAUCCCAUCUGCGUAUUUUGCAACUGAAACUGUACUAUUCAUGAUCAAAAACCAAAAGAAGAUUUUCUGUGGCCAGAUUUGGCCAGUUGACCAGCAAAUGUAUUACAAAUCCUACUUCCUUUUCAUCUUUGGUAUUGAGUUUGUCGGACCUGUCUUCACAAUGACCCUUUGCUAUGCCAGGAUCUCACGGGAGCUUUGGUUCAAAACUGUACCAGGCUUUCAGACGGAACAGAUCAGGAAGAGGCUUCGAUGCAGAAGGAAAACAGUGUUGGUGCUUAUGUGUAUUCUGACUGCCUAUGUGCUCUGUUGGGCACCUUUCUAUGGCUUCACAAUUGUCCGUGAUUUUUUCCCCACAGUGUUUGUGAAGGAGAAGCAUUACCUUACAGCCUUCUACAUAGUAGAGUGCAUCGCUAUGAGCAACAGCAUGAUAAACACUAUGUGCUUUGUAACAGUAAAGAACAAUACCAUGAAGUAUUUCAAGAAGAUCAUGUUACUCAGAUGGAGGUCUACCUACCAUGGGGCCAAGUCUAGCGUAGAUACGGAUAUCAGAACAAGUGCAAUGCCUGUCACAGAGGAGGUGGAUUGCAUUAGGCUAAAGUGAAUCCUGGCAGAAAUCUCCUCACAACAAAGAUUGUUUUUGGUGUGUGGGUUCAUUGUUUCAUCUCACUUUCUUUUCUUUCUUGUAUACCAGAGUAGGUGCUACAGAGCAGAGCAUAUUCUGAACAACUCUCUAGUGCUCCACUGUUAUUAUUAUUGUUGUUGUUAUUGUUGUUGUCAUUGUUGUUGUUAACAAUAACAACAAUAAUAACAAUAAUCCAUGUUUUUCCCACAACUGGGACUCAAGGCUGCUUACACUAGGCAGACCACUGGGGAAUGAAAUGGUGUGCCACACAAUUUUGCUAUGUCUCAGUUUUCCUUAUGUGAAAUUAUGUUAAUUACACCUGGUAUUCUGGAAACCAAAAAAGAUCUUAAUUGAAGAAAAGUAUAUUCUUCCUUGACUCUCAUAAAAAAUCCCAGUUUUUGGUCUGUUUGUUACCUGCAUGACAACUCAUUGCUGAUCUAAGGCAGGCAACUGUCUAUGAUCAGCAAACUGUUUUUUGGAUCAAAUAUGCUUCAAAUAGUCUUCUUACAUUUUCAGUACAAGCUGAAGCAACUCCAUAAGUAAAUUCGUAAUGGACACUAGGACUUCUAGAACCAGGUUAGCUUUCUGUCAAAAAAUAACCUCUUCUGUAAUUGUGUCCCCCACUUCAGUAAUAUUUUUGUACUACAGAAAUCUUUCAGUAAAAUAACAUUCCAUGCAUGUCAUUAUAGGCUUCAUAAAUGGAGCUGUGACAUGUUGAAGCAGUCUCUUGAGUUCUUCAGAUAUUCAGUGAUGAAUGUAAAGCUAACUUACAUGUACAAAUGGGGAGAAAGUUGGAUUCCUAUGUUUGUCAAUCACACGUUCCAAGAUUAUCAUUACUGUGGUAUUUGUUCAUGUUAGUAAUUGUUAUGUAAUUGAUGGGAUUUGUCUAUAGUUUUAGGCGUCUUACCUCUUGUGCUGUUAUAAGGUAUCUAAGCAGACUCAGGUUCACAUGAUCUUAAAGUCCUUUAAAUGGAGAUGGCACCUUACAGGGAAUAUUUUGUUUACUUGUAUGUAAUAACACCUGGGACCUUAUACA